AUGGCAGCCAGGAAUGAGAUGCAGUUUGAAAAGUUAAUUGAUGAAGCUACAAGAAAAAAAGAUUUCCAACUAUUAGAACAAUUUCUGGCAACAGAAGACUGUGAAAAUGUCACUCACAAAUGCAGCAAACAAUUUGUCAACAAAUUAGACAAGCUUCUGUGUCGGGAACUUGACAAACAAGAUGUCAAAUGCAUUUCCAGUUUACUAAAUUCUAUUCAGAAAUGUGGGAAAAAAAUCAGCAUAGCAGGAGAAGAUGGGCUCCCAGCAAUGAUAAAAUACGGUCUUAUUGGAAGGAUGGUUAAUUGGUUUGAAAAGGUAAAAGGAAUUUUGAUCCUCAGAGGAAAUGAGAAGAAUGAAAUGCUUACAAGUCUGGCUGAAGAGUUCUUCAACAUCUUGCUGGCUAUAUGUGAUAGCAGACCUGAAGGUAAAAUGCAAAUACUAGAAAACUUUGUUCUGAGAACAUGUACCCUCAUCGCUGAUGUAAGAAUUAGUAUUUAUGUUCAGCAGGAGGUCGUAAGAAAACUUAAUUUAAUGCUUGACAACUUGCCUCGAGAUGCCAGGAAAAAGAUAUUUUGUACAAAGGAAAUGUUGCUUGUCAUGAGUGACAUGGGGAGGAGAAUUUUGGAUGCUGGAGACUAUGACCUGCAAGUAGCCAUUACAGAAGCUUUAUGCAGAAUGAUAUCAGAGAAACAGAGAGAAGAACUGGCGUGUGAGUGGUUUUCCAUGGAGUUUGUGUCCAAUGCAUUUAAAGGAAUUAAAGAUUCUGAGUUUGAAACAGAUUGCAGAAAAUUUCUUAACCAAGUGAAUGGCAUGCUUGGAGACAAAAGAAGGGUUUUUACAUAUCCGUGUUUAUCAGCAGCUCUUGAUAAAUAUGAGCUACAGAUACCAUUGGAUGAAAAUCUUGAAGAAUUUUGGAUUGAUUUCAAUGUCGGUAGCAGAAGUAUAUCUUUCUAUGUGGCAGCAGAUGAUGCAGAUCAUCAGUGGGAAACAGUCAUUAUACCAGAAGAAGAAGUAGACCUGUACAGCUUUGAAGAAAAGGAUUCAAAGAAAUUAUUAACAAUAGAUCUGAAGAGCCCAAUGAAUGUGGGUAAUCAAGAAGGAAAUAAAUUUUUUUUGUAUUUUGAUUCUAUCUUGGAAAUCGAAGAUGUAACCAGAAAGAUUUAUGGAUUUACUAAAUGUAAGGGCUUCAGUAAGAAGCAGUCUGCAUCAGUUGCCAAAACAACUGUACAUGUCAUCUUUGAUGAAAGCGGAUCACAGGUUCUGGUACCAGAAAGUCAGUUGUCACCAUGUUUGGAAGAAAAAUCUGAAGAGGAGAAACUCAGUAAGUACAAAACCCAGCAACUUCCUGGAACUUUGAGGACUCUGAAUACGAAUAACAAUCAAGAAAAAUGCAGAGAUGGUUCCUCCAAGACAACUGCAUCUACAUCUUGUAAAAGGAAAGUGUCUGAAGCAUCCGUGCUUAUUCCUGGAGCUACAAGAUUUUCCACAAGGAGUCCACUGGUAUUUGUUAGCACACACACUCCUUGUAAAGGACAAUUUAAAUUACCUUUGGAAAUGAUGAGCUCUGCUGAAAGGUCUAACAAUAAUGCAAAGAAUGAGACCAGAACAAAGAAUUUCUAUCAAGAACCUACUGGAAGUGGGCAAAAAUGUGCAUUAGACAAUGAAUUUUGUGAAACAGAACAGAAGAUCAGGAAGCCACAUAUCGGAAAUGAAGCAAAACUACCUGUAAAGCAAAUGUGUGCUGAAGAAGUUUUAGAAAUGGUACAAGAGGCAGAAAUUGAGGCCACACAAAAGCAAACUUUAGAUGAAGCGUUAGAUAUUGUUCCUGAUUCUCAGCCGGUAGGGAGAAGCAACGAACCUUUGCUGUCUGGUCUUUUGGAGAGUUCUUUUGAUAAAACCAAAACAUGGAAAAAAAGAGCAUGCUCUGUUCCUGAGAAGAAUAUAGCAACUGGUGACAAGCAAAAGCUAAAUCCAUCAUUGGCACGUACAUCCCAUCCAGGAAGAACUGUGAAACAAAAAGCAUUUUAUUCAUUUUUUUUAAAUAUCUCUCCAGAUAAACAAAGAAAUUAAAAAAGAGAAGAAAACCAAGAAAAUUAAAUUGAUACCAUGAGCGGAGAAAACUGCAAAAUACUUAGUGGACCCAAAACAUCUUUGUAUUCUGGUUUUACAAAAGAGGAACCUGAUGUUCUCUUUAGAAAAGAGACUGCAAAUCCAAAACAAUCAAAGAUGAAAACAAAGACUAAAGAAAUGACAGAUGCCACAAAAUCACUAAUUAGUAAAAUCAGUGACAGAUACAAAGUAAAGACUGAUGAGAAAAGCAAAGCAAGAGACCCCUUGGGUUUUAACAGGCCACAUUUAAAUAAAUCCCGUGUCUCUAAGGAAGAAGUUCAGGGCAGAAAUCUGAAACCCACUACUUUUCUUAACGUAACUGCUGGUCAUACUAUGAGUGAUGUCUACAACUUUAACAUCAGUGGGUUUGAUGAGCCUACAAUAAAGCUUGGAAUCCAAGAAUUGCGUGUUACUGAACUGAGUGUUCAUACAGAUCCAAAGAAAAAAGGGCAUGCAGAUGACAGUAAAACUAGCACUGAAGUGAAAGGAACAAAAAAAACUAGAAACAAUCAAAACAAGAAGCAUCUCUUUAGUGAUACAGACACAGAAUACAGAGGUGAUGACAGCAAAACAGACAUUAGUUGGCUACAAGAAUCAAGUAGAAAAUCUAAAGCCCAGUUAGCUGAUUACAGUAGAAAUAAAAACUUAGGGAAACCAAUAAGCACAGACAAAAGAAAUAAAUUCUCUGAACCUGCUUGCUACGUGGAUAAAUCUAAAGGCAAAAAUGCAAAUAAGAAAAAGAUAAACAAAUGUAAAAAACAGAAUUCAAGAACUGAUGAAACGAUAGAACAAACCACCAGACAAAAACGACCUCGAAGAGCAGCAUUAGCAAAAAAUUACAAAGAGCCUUCCAGUUCAGACUCAGAGUGUGAAAGGAAAUCUUCAGCAUGCACCUCUAAGGAGGAGAAAUCAAAAAUACAGAAACAUGCGAAUGGAGAAAACAAGGAUGAUAAUCAGCAAAAGGAACUACAGAAUAUUGUAUCUAUGGAGCCAAAGAGAGUAGCUAACUAUGUACAUAAAGCAUUUAUUAAAUCAAAGAAUUCUGCAGAACAAAAGGAAAUUGAAAUGCCUUCAUCUGAGAGUCCUGCAUCUCUUGAGACAAUGAGAUGUGCUGAAAGAGUAUCAGAAGGAGAUGUUACUCAAGAGCAUACUUAUAGUGAAAGAUCACCUGGUCUUCAGGAGUCAACACUAGAAGAAAGGGAAAUACUAAGCUUUGAGAAAGGAAUCUCUCCCAAUGAUUUCUGUCCACAAAAAAAGAAUGUUCAAAGUAUAUGUGUAAAUCAGUCCCCUGGGACAACUGUUAAAAAGUUAACAUUUGGAAAUAAAAGUUUUUCACCAGUUUUAUCUGAAGCAUCUUUGGUAAGAAAAUUAAACUUAACAACAUAUAAAACUGUCAGUGGAAAACAUGCAAAGGGAUCUGUAUCUGAAACACAUGAUAAUAAUGAAGAUUCAAGUUUCAGACAUUGCUUUUCCAACACACUUUCUAUUAAAGGAAAACUACAAGAUAUCACUAAACCUAUCACGAAAGGUAAAGAAGAGGAUUGUGUACCACCAUCUCCCUUGUCUGUUUCCAGUGGAAGUAAAGUACAGUCUUGGGGAGAAGAACCUUAUGGCCCCAUACAUGAGUCAGGACCGACUAUACAGACAUUUCUCAAACGAAGGUACCACAGUGAUACAGAAAGCAAUUCUGAAGUAGAAACAAGCAAAGAGAAGGAAAAGAAAGGAAACAGAAAAACGAAGUUACAGCCUAGAAAAUUAUUUAAAACAGGUGAUGCUGUUACUUACAGAGUGUCUGAAAGCAUAUCUACUGUAUCUGUAAAUGAUCUGUCUGUUUUGGAUGGCGAAAUCUGGGAACCUGGUUGUUCAACUAUGAGUAUAUGUCAGAAGCUCCAAAAAGAAUUUACUAAGAAAAUUGAGAGCCGUUCACGGAAAAUGGAUCAUUUUACUAAGCAGUCAUUAAGAGCUGCCCGUGAGCAUUUGACAACAAUGAGUUACCAGCUUCAUGAAUGCAGGAUCAGGCAGCUGGACAAAUUUCAUUUUGCUCUCCUUGAGGAACUUGAGAAUUUUGAAAAAGAUUCUCAGUCCCUGAAAAACAUGGAAAAAGAAUUCUCGACCUUUUGGAAAAAACAUACACAUACUUUUAGUACAUACAUGAAAAAUGAGCAACAGAGAAUUCAGAUUCUUAAAACUUCAUUUGAAGAUAACAUUUACCAUACCGUUGACUAUGAAGAACAUAUUUUUACUUCAGAGAUUCAUCUGAUGAAAGAAGACAUAAAAGGACUCCAAGAGAAACUUCUUAAAGAAAUGCAAGAAGAGGAACUGUGUAAUGUUCGCAGAGGAUUGCAGACAUUGUUUCAAUCAGAAGAUGAUAGAUUCUGA